AUGAAACGACCAGAGUUUCAAGCUGCCCCCAAUAGCGACAGAAACGACUGGGACAGCGAAGAUUUCAAGACAACGCUUGCAGACGCUUGCAGGGACCGUCGAACAACGAUCAACAAGCCCUUCCCUGCUAGUGCAACCCCACGUGGCGAAGAACGGCCGUCAGGACGAGCAAGACAAGGAGGGAACUUUUCCAUCUCGUCAAGCCCGCUGCUUUUCUUUUUUAUCUACCCACCAGAAAGACGAUCCGACAUUUUUAUCUUCCACGCCCAGCUAUAUAAAUACCUUAGUCCAUCAUGCAGCAAGGAUCAGGAUGGCCCAGAAUUAGAGCUGGAGACGGAGAAAGAGACGCCCGCGACAGCAGCCCAGCAGUUAGAAAUAGAGUCGACAGCAGAAUCAAUUCCUCAGUCUCUCGCCCUCCCGCCGUCACCGCCGCCGCCGCUCUCCCAAUCUCAUCCGGAGUCAUUAGUGGCGCCCAUUGAUUCUGCUUUCACCUCAAACUUCCAGCGCAACCCCCGCUACUUGACCGACCGCGGCGGUAAUCGGGUGUCCUUCUCCUCCCUUUAUUCGCUCACUUCAAGUAUUCACUCCGCGCCUGGAGGAGACAGAGAGAAGCUGCCUGGCACUGCGGCGUCCAGUGUUGACGGCUCUGUCAAACGCUCCACUAUGGACGACCCCCGGAGUACUCCUAGCGGAUUGUGCAGCCGGCCCGAUUCUUCACUGCACACGCCUUCUGGUCACUCUGUGCCAGGUACAUCUCCCUCUCCGGGAUCAACGUCUCCAGGCCUCGCUUCCUCAUUUCAGCACCAUCUAACUAAGCCAGAGGAUGGCAGGUCUCAGGCCUGGAUUUCACGGCCUUCACGCUCGUCGAGCAAGAAACCUCGACGCUUUAGCGCUAGCACUGGCGCAAGUAGUGCCAGUGAGGCAGAAGCACGUCUACCUCUCAUAGGCAGAAUUGGAGUUUGCGCUCUCGAUGUUAAAGCACGCAGCAAACCCAGUCGCAAUAUCCUAACUCGUCUGCAGUCCAGGGGUGACUUUGAGGUUAUUGUCUUUGGUGAUAAAGUUAUCCUUGAUGAAGACGUGGAGAAUUGGCCAGAAUGUGACUUUUUGAUUGCCUUCUUUUCUGAUGGCUUUCCCCUAGACAAGGCUAUCGCCUACGCAAACCUUCGAAAACCAUUCUGCAUUAACGAUCUACCAAUGCAGCAAGUUUUAUGGGAUCGUAGGUUAUGUCUUCGCAUUUUAGACCAAAUGGCAGUCCCCACACCCAAACGCGUGGAAGUGAACCGCGAUGGUGGCCCUACAUUGGCAUCUCCCGAGCUUGCACAGCAUGUCUACAAUCUGACUGGUGUGCGCUUAGAAGGCCCACCAGACGGUACGGGCGGUGGAACCCCGCGAACAAAGUCUGUCACCAUGUCAGAAGACGGGGAAGCUCUCAUCGUCGAUGGAAAAGUGUUUAGGAAGCCUUUUGUUGAGAAGCCCGUCAACGGAGAGGACCACAAUAUUCACAUAUACUUCCCUAAUGACCAAAAUUAUGGGGGCGGAGGCCGUCGGCUUUUCCGUAAAGUAGGCAACAAGAGUUCUGAAUACGAUCCCGACCUUAAAGUUCCUCGAUCCAUAACUGAGCCUAACGUCAGCUACCUUUAUGAACAAUUCCUACGUGUUGAUAAUGCCGAGGACGUCAAGGCAUACACUGUUGGCCCAGACUACUGCCAUGCAGAGACACGCAAAUCGCCUGUUGUCGACGGUUUGGUUCGUCGUAACACCCAUGGCAAGGAGCUACGAUACAUCACUAACUUAGGCAAAGAGGAGGCAGCAAUGGCCACAAAGAUAUCCAAUGGGUUCGGCCAACGUAUCUGUGGCUUCGACCUUCUCCGCGUUGGGGACUCUUCCUUCGUUAUAGACGUCAACGGCUGGUCUUUUGUUAAGGACAAUAACGAUUAUUAUGACAAGACUGCCAAAAUCCUCCGUGAUAUGUUCACACGUGAAAAACUGCGCAGAGAAGGGAAACUCGGCCUUUCAGAAACCACAAAUGAUAUGCCCCCAAACACGCCACACAUAACCACUCCUGGAUCACAUAGGCAUACUCUCAAGUCACUGUUGAAGUCUCCUAACAUAUCAGGGCUUCAUGGUAGUCUCUCUGGCCACAAAACACCCGUUCUCCCUCCGAGUACUAAGAGUGCAGCGGAAUCAGCUGCUCCACCUAGCAAGCCUAGCCAUGCCGAAGCCUCUGAAAGCACCAACUUAAGCCCCGAAAAAUCACCGCCCAACGCUCCAUCGCAACCAGUGGAGCCACCUACCGCUCCACCUCCAUCAUCUAAGCAUUCUUGGAAGCUCAAGGGUAUGGUGGCUGUAAUACGACAUGCGGACCGAACCCCCAAGCAGAAAUUCAAAUUCACAUUUCAUACCCAACCGUUCAUAGAUCUCCUCAAGGGCCAUGAAGAAGAGGUCAUUAUCCGAGGAUCUACAGCAUUACGUAGCGUGACUAAUGCUGUUAACUUAGCCUUGAAGGAAGGUAUCGAAGACAAAGAUAAACUCAUGCUACUGAAACGUUCACUGGAUCAUAAAGUUGAAUGGCCCGGCACAAAGGUUCAAAUAAAACCUAUGUUCCGACGCCGAAAUUCACAAGAAUUACAGUUGAAUCGCACAUCGCCUCUUAUCUCUCCGUUAACUAGAAGUGAUAUGACGCAAGCUUCGGCUUCCCCACCCCCUUCCGCUGACCCCGACCAGCCUCGUAUGGCGCGCAGUGACUCCCUAUCCGGUCCUACAUUCUCCCGGUUUUCAGCAGUGGAAAACGAUUUGGUGUUGGAUAAAUUGCAACUCGUGAUAAAAUGGGGCGGAGAACCGACACAUGCAGCCCGAUAUCAGUCCCAAGAUGUUGGGCUAACAAUGCGCGACGAUCUAAAACUCAUGAACAAGGAAGCGUUAAACGACGUUAGGAUGUUUACCAGCUCAGAGCGGAGGGUUAGUACAAGCGCCCAGAUAUUUGCGUCGACAUUCCUUGACCAGAAAGACCUCCCUGACGAUUUUAUCCAAGUGAGAAAGGACUUGCUUGACGACUCAAAUGCGGCGAAAGAUGUGAUGGAUAAGGUGAAGAAGAAACUUAAGCUACUACUACGAGAAGGCAACUCUGCUCCCCCUCAAUUUGCGUGGCCAAAGGAGAAUUUCCCGGAACCCUCCAUUGUUUUGUCUACACUUGUUGAGCUGAUGAAAUUCCACCGCUGUGUGAUGCGCCAUAACUUUCAGAAGAUAGAGACUCAUGGAAAUACCCAGCCUGGUGCGUUUGAGUCUUCAUCACCAUCUGAUAAGUCUCAAUUUACAGACAUACAAGGCCGAUGGUGUGCUGGAGAAGAUCCGCAACUCUUCAAGGAGCGUUGGGAGAAAUUGUUCAAAGAGUUUUGCGAUACAGAAAAGGUUGAUCCUAGUAAAUUGUCCGAACUCUAUGAUAGCAUGAAGUUCGAUGCACUACACAAUCGGCAGUUCCUAGAGUGGGUUUUUCUUCCGCCUGACGAUUUCAUUUAUGAGGGCGAGACCGACAAAGAACGGGCUGGCCACAUAACAUCUUCACAUUUCAUGGAACAUAACUCAAAUGGAAGCCCAGAGAGUAACGGCUCUAACAAUACCAACAACAGAACGCGGCCCCCUGGCCUUCUGGCGCCACUUGAGGAUUCUUACGACUCAUAUUUCAAGUUGUAUCCUGGCUCGACUCCUUCUAAGCCAAAGAUUGACAAACGUCUUUCCCGCCUUAAACAUUUGUACAGUUUGGCUAAGGUUCUAUUUGACUUUGUCACUCCCCAAGAAUAUGGCAUAGCCGACCACGAAAAACUCGAAAUUGGCCUUCUCACCUCUCUUCCUCUCCUUCAGGAAAUAGUAAUGGACCUAGAAGAGGUGCAAGCAUCACCAGAUGCCAAAUCAUUCUUUUACUUCACCAAAGAAUCCCACAUCUACACGCUACUCAACUGCAUUCUUGAGGGUGGACUAAAGACCAAGAUCGCUCGGCGGACAAUCCCGGAGCUGGAUUACCUAUCUCAGAUUUGUUUUGAACUCUACGAGGCCCGGGAUUCAGAGGCCGAGACGUUUUCUUAUUCAAUUCGCAUCUCAAUUAGCCCUGGAUGCCACACAUUCGAUCCAUUAGAUGUUCAGCUAGACUCUAGACAUGCAAUUGGAUGCGCACCUCGGCGGAGCCUUACAGCGCAUCAAGACUGGAAAGAAGUUAUUGAAACCUUGAAAGCAAAAUUUGAUACUGUCAAAUUACCCAAGUCGUUUAUCGCGAUCAACCUCAGUGAUAAACACGCCGCAGCUCGAGACGAUGAACAGCUGUAG